AUGUUGACCGAAGAGCAAAUUCAACGUUACAAUCGAGAUGGAUAUCUUGUUGUGAAAAACUUCAUAACGCUUGAUGAUUGUCAAAAGUUGAAAGGGGCUGGCGAUCGAAUAAUAGAUGCUUGGGAGCCGGAACGUGACAAUCCGUGGCUAUUUUCAAAUGUUGAAAAUAAAAUACACAGCAGCCAUCAGUAUCUGAUCGAUAGUAGUGAUAAAGCAUCUUGCUUUCCGGAAGAUGAUGCUGUUAAUCCUGAAACAGGCAAACUCAAUCAAGACAAACGUGCCAGUGUGAGACGGAUCGGUCAUAAUCUUCAUAUGCUCGUACCUGAGUUCAAACGUGUGACAUUUUCGGAUAAUGUCAAAGCCGUUCUACAUGAUCUCGACUUUAUCCAACCUGCGAUACGACAAUCGUUGCUUACUUUUAAGCAACCAUUCAUAGGAACGAAAGUGUCACCUCAUCAAGAUGGAACAUUCGUGUAUAAUGACCCGCUAAAGGUAGUAAACAUCUUGAUUGGUCUGGAAGAUGCUACUCUCGGAAAUAGCUGUGUCUUUUUUAUACCCGGCUCACAUUCUGAACCGAUCCGAAGUCGUUUCAUUCGGAAUCCCGAUGAAAAAGAAUUUAAAGAAGGUAAAAUGUUUGUUACCGUAGGAGAAGACAAAAAAUAUGAUGAUGCAGAGUUUGUUCCGGCAGAAAUGAAAGCUGGCGAUUGCGUGCUUAUUCACGGUCAAGUCGUGCACAAAAGUGAUAAAAAUACGUCACCGAUUUCAAGGCAAAUAUAUGCAAUUACUGCUAUCGAAACGCACAACUCAACUUACUCUAAAGAGAAUUGGCUUCAACCAGUAACGCCGUUUCCAUUGGUGUACGACAAUUGA